CGCGCUUGCCGACGAGGUAAACAAGAAUGGACGUGGAAGAGGGUGAGGCGAAAAUGUGCAGGCUAUGCGGCCAGUACGAGAAGAUCUACAUCGACGUGUUUGGGGAGGAGGGUGUCAGACGCUACCUCGGCACGAAGAUACACGAGAAGAUCAACAUCCUGAUAGAUGAGAAGGAUCCUCUGCCCAAGGCGAUCUGUGUUCAGUGUCUGGGCAAGCUCGAAUUCGUUUGCGACUUCCAAGAAGAGUGUCGGCGCACCCAACAGGUGUUACGCGAUCAGUACAAUCUACCACCGUUAACAGAGUCCACAGAGGUAAAGAUUGAAGAAUCAACAUCGCCGGUGGGCACGUCGUCGUCGGAUAAUAACAACAGUAUUGAAAAGAAUCUUAAUUCCACCGGAAGCAGUCAGGCUGAGGAGAAUCAUGUUGAAGUAGUCAAGGAUUUGGAACAGCCGAAAAAGAGAAAUACGUCUCCGAAGAUUUUGAGAAGCCUUCGCAGUCAGCAACAGCAGCAACAGGUUUCCAAGUGCAACGAUAAAGCCGCAGAAAAAAAUGCGCAGACUCAGAGUACAGAAACAUCGCUGACUCGUUGGCUCAGAAGCAGGCAAAGCGCGGAUUCGUCUGUAGUGGACCUCGAGGAGAUUCCGAUCGCAAGUCGAUUAAGGAGUCACAACAAUAACGUCGAAAAUAACAUCGGUACACGUUCUGCGAACAACAACAAUAUUAGCAACAACGAGAGUACGGACAAACAGAGCAACAGUCCGAAGCAACAGCACCUGGAUUCAUCAGCGACGAUUCAGUUCCCAACCUCAGCUUUGAAUAAAUUAUUGACGAUUGUUUCUAGCUCUCCCGAUAUCGAGGUCUCGGUAAAGGAGACGAGAAAUCGGAAUAAUGACGCCGAGGAUAUUAGCUUCACCGUCGAGCUGUGCAAGAAGCAAAACGAUGAGGUGUCGUCGGCGCGAGCGCGGGUCUUGCCCGAUCAGGACUAUUGUCUAGUCGACACGGCGAUCGUGGAUCUGCUGCAGAGCGAAAACAGCGCGGAGGUGAACGGCAUUGUCAACACCAUCCUUAGCAGUACGUCGCCGAAGAACAGCAGCGCGGCGGCAAAGUUGAAAAAUUUAGCGGAGUUGGAGCAACGGUUAGAAGCCACGCAGAACCCAGAGGACCUCUUUAAGAUCGACGGCGAGGAGAUUAAGGUGGACGACAACGUGGAGCACGUUGUAAAUGAAACGCAAAACGGUUACGCGUGUAAGCUCUGCCGAAAGUUUUACGAGCGCCGAGACAAAUGUACGGUUCACGUGAAAACGCAUCUCGGCAUCAAGCAGUAUACGUGCGUUGUCUGCAACGCCAAGUUUGUUUGCAAGUCUGACGUGAUGAAGCACAUCCGAUGCUCGCAUACCAAUCCUAGGCCCAUACAAUGUCCCAAGUGUCCUAAACGAUUCAAAUCCAAAUUCUACCUGGCCGAACACGACAAUGUUCACAAAGGUGUGCGGCCGUACAGUUGCGCGGACUGUGGGCAGAGUUAUCACCACAAGGUUUCGUUGCAGAUCCACAUGAAGUCGCAUCUGCCGCCGCAAAAUCUGGCCUGCGAAUAUUGCGGCAAAGUCUUCCCAUUUCGCACGAGAUUGCUCGGCCAUAUCGCGAGUGUUCAUAUGAAAAAACGGCGCAAUUUCCGAUGUCGCUUCUGUUAUAAUCUUUACUCGAGUCUGUCGGUGCUGAACGAGCAUAUCAAAACUCGCCACGCGACCACGUACACGUGCGAGACAUGUGGCAAGACCUUCAAAGUCGCUUCCAAAUACAAGGCGCACGUGCUGCAGCACUCCAAUCCCAAGCCGUUCGUGUGCAACGUUUGCAACAACCGUUAUGCGUCUAAAGCGUUUCUAAACGAGCACUUGUUGAAGCACGAGGGUUUGCGUAAACACGUGUGCCAAGAGUGCGGCGCGAGUUUCGCACAGGCGAGUCAUUUGGCCGCUCAUCGUCAUGUACAUGGGGAAAAGACGCACGCGUGCCCGGAAUGCGGUAAAAAGUUCAAUCGUCGCGACAACAUGAAGGUGCAUCGGAAACGGCAUUUCGACGAGAAGAAGCCUAGCGCGACUGGCAAACAGAAGGUUACAUCCAACAAUAACAACCUGACUGCCUUUACCACGUCCGUUAACGAGAAAUAAUGACGGAGUGGCGCUCACAACAACAACAACAAGAUAAUCACUGGAGAGGAGAAAAGACUAUAGAGAUCUGUACAAAUCUCGUAAUAGGCUGAAUCAGAAUUUACGAGGAAUUGAAGAAAGAAGGGAAGAAUCCGAGAUUGAAUACUUGACAAAAGUAUUUCGGUAGAAGAUUGCUCAAAGAUGACAGCCUUUGCGUAUACACAAUUGGUGCUUCGAUGAAUUCCCAAACGUCAUUCCUUUUAUCUUUAGCAAUACAACCAAACUCUCCCCCUCUCUUCACCUAUUCUUAACUCGUCGGGACCAAUCUCUCUAUGCUUAACCCUUUCCCUCGAGCCCGUUCUUAUUUUAAUAGUACAUACAUGGAAUGAAAAUGAAGGG